CCAGCAGAUAAAGAGAGGACAAGGCGGAAAGAUCCACAUUCCUCAAACUCUUCAACUUAUAAAAAUUGGAAACAAAACAAACAAAAGGCGGUCCCUGACCUCGUAAACAUUUCCUAAACAUGUUUGACAAGGAGGAGGAGAAGAAGAAGCUGACCAACAUCCCACACAACCAAACCCAUUCGGAUCCUCCUCACCUCCAUUUCUGAUUUCUCCACCGCCGACCUCUGAAUCUAAAUCAAGAUCUCUCUCUAUCUCUCUCUCUCUCUCUCUCUCUGACUCUGUACCCUCACAUAUAUUCAACGAAUGGGGUUUUUCAAUCUUGCCGUUGCAGGUGGUGGUUUCGUGCUCAUCGGUGCGUUGGAAGCGUUCACUUCUUCAACCGGAAACGCAAAUCCCAACCAAAUUUCUGCUCCAUCUUCGCCUCUUUCCUCGAUUCAGACCCAAAUUCCUUCUUCCACACCUCCUACUACUAAUACCAAAGCAAAGCCAUCUUCUUUGUUGGCUUUGUCUUUCCUUUCAAUUUUUGUUCUUUCUCUCUUGUUCAUCUUAAAUUCUCUAAUUUCUUUCAUGGACGCGGUUAACGCAAGCGACCCGGUUGGUUCGGCUCUCCAAUUGCAAGUCUUUGCAAUCGCCUCUCUGUUCUUGAUGUACGCCUUUAUGGGAUUCCUGGUGAAUUUCACUAACAGAUUCUCUCUGCCUUCGUCAAUCAUCGGUUUGAUCGGUCUUUUCGCUUUCGUCGAAGAGUUCUUGCUCUAUUACCUUCAGAAGAAAGACCCAGAUGGAGUUGAGAAUCGGUAUUUCGAUCUUUUGCUCGUGCCCAUCUCCAUCUGUCUGUUCUCCACGGUUCUUGAAUUGAAAUCGCCCAAAUCGAGUGUUCCAAAACUCGCUCGUGGGGUCGGAUUGAUUCUCCACGGAAUGUGGUUUGUGCAAAUGGGUUUCUCUUUUUACACCGAUUUGAUGGCCCAAGGAUGCUCUCUGCACCAAAAGAGCAAAGGGAAUUACACGGUGAAGUGUAAAGGACACCCUGAAUAUCACAGGGCAAGAGCCAUCGCUACGCUUCAGUUUAAUUGCCAUCUUGCUCUUCUGGUGGUUUUGACUGUGGGUAUAUACUCGAUCAUUGCUCGGAGGAGUGGAAUUCAGAAUGAUUUUAGGACUUAUAAACCGCUAGCUGAGUUGCAGCAGUUGGAGAAUGAGAACCAGUUCACUCUGGAUUCUGAUGAUGAUGUAAUUGAAGAGGUUAAAGAAGAGGACAAUGUUAGGAAGGCAGGUGUAGUGGAACUGGCUGUGAAUGGUAAUGGAUCUAUUCGGUGAGGUGGAUGGUGAUGUUUUUCUAUUGCUGUGCUUGAUGCAUAAAUAUUUAUAAUUAUAUGUAGAUUGGUUCCUCUCAUUGUUAAGUUAAUUAGUGUAGCUAGGAUUUUUUGCCCGUAUCCUUGUAAUUUGCAACCUAGGCUUGUUUAUACAUUCCUUGGAAUGAGUGAUAACUUACAUGUAUGAUGAAAAAGAAAGACAAAUUAAAGUUACUUUUAGAUGGAUUUGACAUAAAUCUUUCACUCUCUAUUCUGGUUGUCGAUAGUAUUCCAACUCAUGACGUUUUUACCAAAUGCAAAAAACUAGAUGAACAAGCAUUAGUAAGUUGUUUUGCUUCAUAUAUACUAUAGAUAAUAAAUACACAAUAGAUUUCAUUUUUCUGCUAUAUUGUGUGUUUAUAUGGCGGAAUAUAUUCUUUUUGGUAAAGUAUCAACGCUAAGAAUUAACCGGUCAACUAAUCACUUAGAACUCUGUCAGUUGAUUUAAUAUCACCCCUGAAGUUUUAAUCAAGUUUCAAUUUCCUCUAAACGUUUCAAUUUCUAGCAGUAUGGCCCCUAUACUAAUCUAGAUGUACAAAAUAUUCCCUAUGUUACAAUUUUCAAUCCAAAAAAACAAAAAGUAUAUAAAGAAUAAAAACUUUCCCAGCAAUUUAAACUCUCUUUCCCACAGCCAAGCAAACACAACCUCUUUCCCAAUGUAACCUGCCAUUAAUACAGAAAUUUCUUGCGCUUGAUGGAAUCCACUUUAACCUGUCAUGGGUGAUGAUACGUUAUUUUCCCAUUAGCUCACAGUAGUGAAUAGAGGUCAAAGAGAAAUUAGCGCUUUUUUAUUUUUUAUUUUAUUUUUAUGUUUUCCCCCCUUUUCUUUUGGCUCAAAGUAAGGAGUAUUAAAUGAAGAUAAGAGGCUAUUCUUCAUGCCUUUCUCAUGGCUGAUCAGGACAUAAGGAAUGUUGAUCAGAAUAUGGCUUGUAGGGAGACCGCAUGUAUGUACAAGAAUGAAGACACACAGAAUUGAAUUCAAGAAACAUGGUUUUUUUCACUCAAAAACACGCAACUAGUUCAAAUAGCUGGCCACGUUGAUUCUAAGUACCAACAUUUGGUGCUCAAUAUAUUGCUUGCUAAAAAGUAAGUAGGGUAAGGAAAAUUACAUUGUAACUGAUUGGAAAUUAAUAUAGUUUUCAUUCUAAACCA